CACAAGACAGAAUCUUCUAGCUUUCCUCUUCCUUCAAUCAAUCUUCUCUCUUUCUCUCUUCCAAAAGAUUCCACAAACAUUGUUCUCUCUCCCUCUAAUAUAAAAUCGCUUCACACAGAUCUCAUCUCAAGUUGUUUCUUCUUCACACUCUGAUUCUCUUACUAUUUGACUCUGUUGUUGUUGUUAUUGUUGUGAUAUCAAGAGAGUGGGUUUGAGAUCAUGCCAAAUUCUGGAAAAAGUUUGAGUUUUUAAUUCGAAUCGAGAAAAAAUAAAAAUGGGUUCUUUAGGUGAUGAGCUUAGUUUGGGAUCGAUCUUUGGGAGAGGAGUUUCGAUGAAUGUUGUGGCGGUUGAGAAAGUUGAUGAACAUGUUAAGAAGCUUGAAGAAGAGAAGAGAAAGCUCGAAAGUUGUCAACUUGAGCUUCCUCUGUCUUUGCAGAUUUUAAACGAUGCGAUUUUGUAUCUGAAGGAUAAGAGAUGUUCAGAGAUGGAGACUCAACCAUUGUUGAAAGAUUUCAUUUCUGUUAAUAAACCUAUUCAAGGAGAAAGAGGAAUAGAAUUGCUGAAAAGAGAGGAGCUAAUGAGGGAGAAGAAGUUUCAGCAAUGGAAAGCUAAUGAUGAUCACACUAGUAAGAUCAAGAGCAAGCUUGAGAUUAAGAGAAAUGAGGAGAAAUCUCCUAUGUUGUUGAUUCCAAAGGUGGAAACUGGUUUAGGCCUCGGUUUAAGUUCGAGUUCGAUAAGAAGAAAAGGGAUUGUUGCCUCAUGUGGCUUUACUUCUAACUCUAUGCCACAACCACCAACACCAGCAGUACCACAACAACCAGCAUUUCUUAAGCAGCAAGCUUUACGGAAGCAAAGAAGGUGUUGGAAUCCAGAGUUGCAUCGCCGAUUUGUCGAUGCAUUGCAACAGCUAGGUGGACCGGGAGUGGCAACUCCUAAACAAAUUAGAGAACAUAUGCAAGAAGAAGGCUUAACCAAUGAUGAAGUCAAGAGUCAUUUACAGAAAUACAGGUUACACAUCAGGAAGCCAAAUUCGAAUGCGGAGAAACAAUCAGCAGUUGUUUUAGGGUUUAACUUGUGGAAUUCUUCAGCACAAGAUGAAGAAGAGACAUGUGAAGGAGGAGAAUCAUUGAAGAGAAGCAAUGCGCAAUCAGAUUCUCCUCAAGGUCCUUUGCAGUUACCGUCUACAACAACAACAACUGGUGGAGAUAGUAGCAUGGAAGAUGUUGAAGAUGCUAAGUCUGAGAGCUUUCAACUGGAGAGAUUGAGAUCACCAUAAAUCUCAAGAAACCAAACUCUUGAUCACGGUUUUGUUAUUUUGGAUUCAUUACUAUAUCUAUUAGUAGUGAAUGAGAACAAUAAUUAUAGAAAGGUUUAUAGAUAUAUAUAUAGAGAAAAAGAGAGAGUGAGGAUGGUUCAAAUUAUUUGCAGAGAUUAUACUUAGCCUUGUUUUUGUAAACGGCUUUUUUUGGUUGGGUUUUUAUUUUUCUUGAGGCAUUAUCCAAUAUUCAAGUAAUAAUUUUGAUGUUUUUGUUUCAUAAUUUUGUGUGUUUAGUUUACAAAAAGAGCAUAAUAAUAGGAGGGACAUAAGCAUGUGUUUGGUCAUUUAUUCAGAUUCAUAGUAGAGAUG